AUGCUCUCUUCCAUCCACGUCGUCUCGGGAUUGAUAUGCCUGCUUCCCCUCGUCCUGGGUGCAGUAUCUCAAGCGCAGGUUGAUGCAAACGCACCUAGCAGACAGUGCGGUUCAGAAAUUAGUUCCGAAAAAGCUGCAGAGUACGAGCACCGAUUCGACCUCGACAGGACUUCUCAGGUCCUCAUUGAAUCCGAAACCUCCGUGAACGCGCCGAUAAACGUGUGGUUCCAUGUAGUAGCCCAGAAUAAGAGCAUCGAGGGUGGUUGGGUUCCAAAGGAGCAGGUGAAUAGCCAGAUGAACGUCUUGAAUGCCGACUACGAACCUACGGGGUUGAAGUUCGUACUUGCGGGCGUUGAUUAUACGAUUAACCAAGAUUGGUUCAUGAAUGGAGGGCCGCAGACGACGCAACAAACCCAGAUGAAAGCGAAACUUCGGAUAGGUGGUGCGGCCGACUUGAACCUUUAUUCCGUCGACUUCUCCGGAGAUUGGAUGGGCCUCCUCGGAUACUCUACGUUCCCCGUCGCGUACAGCAACGCGCCAAAGGACGAUGGGGUGGUGGUACUGUAUACAUCUUUACCGGGUGGGACUACGCCGUCGUUUAACCUUGGACGGACGGUGACGCAUGAGGUUGGGCAUUGGGUUGGGUUGUAUCAUACAUUUCAGGGCGGCUGCGAGGCGCCUGGAGAUGGUGUCAGUGAUACGCCGUACGAGGGUACCCCGACCAGAGGGUGUCCUGCGACUAAAGAUACGUGCAGCCAAGCUGGGGUGGAUCCCAUUCAUAACUACAUGGACUACAGCGUCGACUCGUGCUUGAACCAAUUCACGAAUGGGCAGGCUGAGAGGAUGAAGAGCCAGAUUAGAACAUAUCGCGGGAUAUCUUAGAUGUACUUUUGUGAUAUAGACUAAUUACACCC